AUGAUUUACUGGCUUAAGCGCUUAAUUAGGAUGGCUUUUGAACAAGUUGGAAUAAACAUGGAAUCGGGGCUUUGGUCAAGCAAGCCUUAUGGUUCAUCUCGAAGUAUUGUAAGAAAAAUUGGUACUAACCUCUCUCUUAUACAGUGUCCAAGAGUUCAGUUUCAGCUUACCUCUCAUGCCACAGAAGAAAACCAUCCUUAUCAACUUAGAGACGAUGCAGUGGCCUCCUUUGCAGAUGUGGGAUGGAUUGCUCAAGAAGGUGGUGAAGACUCUACAAGGCUCAGGUCAGAAGUUUGGUCAAAAACAGCCCAGCCUCUUUCAGGUGAAUUACAUCCUUGUGGGAAGUCCCCAUGCAGACAAAUGUCCUUACAAAACUCAUUGGAAGAAGCAUCAGUGUCCAGGAGCACAGCAACCGCAAAUGAAGAAGCUCUGCAGAAGAUUAGUGCUCUAGAAAAUGAACUAGCCACUUUAAGAGCACAAAUAGCCAAAAUUGUAAUCUUGCAAGAACAACAGAACCUGACAGCAGUUGGAUCAAGUCCAGUUGCUUCAGCUGCUGCCCCUGUUGCACCUCCACCACCGCCACCUCCUCCUCCACCACCACUUCCUCCCCCUGGUCUACAACAGAGGAUGUCUGCAAUUGAGCUCAUUAAAGAAAGGAAAAACAAAAAAACAAACUCUGGACAGCAUCUGACAGAAAAUGGGCCAAAGAAAUCUGAAAUACCAAACAUGCUGGAAAUUCUCAAAGACAUGAACAGCGUGAAACUACGCUCAGUGAAAAGAUCAUCAGAAGGUACAAAAUCUAAAGUGGCUGACCCUACAGAUCCUGCAGCGUUAAUAGCAGAAGCUCUCAAAAAGAAAUUUGCUUAUCGAUACCGAAAUGAUAGCCAAAGUGAAACAGAAAAAGUGAUUCCAAAGACUGAAACAAAGACAAAGACUGAGGUCGUGCUGUUUGGACCGCACAUGCUGAAGUCUACAGGAAAAAUGAAGACUUUAAUUGAAAAAUCUUAA